AUGACAACCGCCCACAGACCUACCUUCGACCCGGCCCGCGGCAAAGAAGCCCAGCGCGGACCCGCCUACCACCAGCGCCUCCUUCCCGCGCACACGAUCCUCAAGCACCGACAACCAGGCCAAGGCGGCAAUGCCGACGCCGAAGUGCGGGACCUCCGCGCCGAACUUUUGCGCGCAGAAGCGGCGCACUUUGCGAAGAAGAAUGGCGGAGCACCCGCAGCGGAUGACGAAUCGGCGGCUAGUACGACCGGAUCAAAGCGACAGCUAGAGGCAGCGCCAGAGGAUGAGGGAGGAGAAGAGGAUCCGGAAGCUAAGCGCAGGCGGCUUAUACUGGAGGAGGCGAGGGAGGUUGAUGCGGAUUCGGAUGGGGAAAGCAGCGAGAGCAGCGAUGAGGAUGAAGACGAUGAGGAUGAGGAGGAUGAGACUGCGGAGCUCAUGCGCGAGCUGGAGAAGAUCAAAAAGGAGCGGGCAGAGCAGAAGGCUAAAGAGGAAGCCGAACGAGCCGCGAAAGAUGAGGAGCAGCGAGAGUUCGACAUUGCGAGAGGCAACCCUUUACUAAACCCCAAAGACUUCAAUGUCAAGCGUAGAUGGGACGACGACGUAGUAUUCAAGAAUCAGGCCAGGGGAACUGAGGACAAGAAAAAGAAAGAGUUUGUCAACGAUCUGCUGCGGUCGGACUUCCAUAAGCGCUUUAUGAGCAAGUACGUGCGAUGA